GGAAGCUUGCACAUGACAUUUGUGUACAAAAUAAAGAGGGGAGGACACUCGCAUCUGAGCAUGCCAGCGAAGUUGUUGUUUAUUGCAGUUCUGUGUGUGGUGUGGGGGAGCCAGGUCUGUGUUGGAUUGACCUUGGACACGGCUGACCAAUCAACCAACACUUCACAUGUCAAGAGACUUCACCUCAUCUUUAUGAACCAUCUUGAUGUUGGUUACAAUGGUAUUUUUCCCACACUUGGUUUUGUCAACAAUGUCAUCAACCGGUACUUUACGGUGUAUUUUCCCCGAGCAGUCAACAUAUCACAGCAGCUACGUUCAGAUGGAUACAUGGAGAGACUUGUGUACACCACCCACCCCUGGCUGGUCAGUCUCUAUCUGGACUGUCCCCCCAACUUGAACCUGUCUGGAAUUGUACUGCAGUGCCCUGGUAAAGAGGCUGUGUCAGAGUUCGUAGCGGCAGCUCGGCGGGGAGACAUCAGCUGGCAUGCUGGACCAAUGAACAUGCAGUUUGAGAUGCUGGACCCUGCUUUGGUGGAGUUUGGGCUUCAGCUAGGGCAGGACUUGGAUAAACGUCUUGGCAUCAUCAGGAAGUACCGCACACUCAGUCAGAGGGAUGUGCCAGGUAUGACCCAAGCCUUGCUGCCUCUCUUCGUGAAGUAUGGAGUAGCUGGGGUAUCCGUGGGGGUCAACCCCAUGACAGCUCCUCCCGUGGUCCCCAAGAUCUUCCGGUGGGAGUUCCAGGGUGCAAGUGUCAUUGGCAUGUGGAACCCGUUCGGCUACCCACAGAACCCAGGUCCAAACCCCGCCAACCCCGGUGGGCUGUCAGCUGAUAACUGUGUCAUAUUCCCCGGGCUGGCUGACGCCAUGUGCUUCGCUUUCCGCACCGACAAUUCAGGACCUCCAGAAUCGGUGGAGGAAGUGUUAUCCAACUUUGAAAUUUCACGGACAAUCUUCCCAAAUGCUGAAGUCCAGGGCUCAACGUUUGAGGCAUUUGUAGAAGCUGCACAGAGUGUCAAGGCCAAACUUCCUGUGGUUACCAAGGAGAUCGGCGACACCUGGAUACAGGGAGCUGGGUCUGACCCACGGAAAGUAGCUGAAAUGAGAGCUUUCUUGCGGGCACGUGCAAAAUGUCUGGAAGCAAAAGUGUGUUCGCUGUCCGACCCUGCCUUCUACAACUCCAGCAGAUUCCUCCUCAAGCUGGGGGAACACACAUGUGGGCUUAGCAGCGUCUUUGACCAGUUCAACUGGACAAAUGUCCGAUUUAUUAAUGCCAUGAAACACAAAGACCAACAUCUCCUAGACGGUGUCUCGUCAUGGGUGGAACAGCGGCAGUUUGCGUACACAGCUCUAGACACACUUGAUGUGCACCCCCUCAAAGCCGAAGUGAAGAUGGAGUGGGACAUGCUGAAGGCUAGCAAGCCUGACCUGUCAGGCUACAACAUGCUGUCUGACCCUACAUCUGUACAGAGUUGUGGGAAGGGCUUCAAGUUCGGGUUCAGGGGUGAUGGAGCACUCAGCACACUCUCAGACCCCUACACCAAGAUGAACUGGGCCAGCAAGACCAACCCCUUGGGACAGUUUGUGUAUCAGACAUAUAACCAGACAGACUUUGACAACUUCUUAGCGCAACGUACCAGCCAACUGUGUCUUGGCUGGGUAUCGGGAAGCCGAACACAACUGGUGGAAGUCUACAGGAUUGCAGGAAGUGAUUGUCGUUUCCAUGUCCUCUUGCGGAUGUCACAAUUGAAGGCCAUCGAGUAUUACGGAGCCCCAAUGGAUGUAUGGGUGUCCUAUGUGACAAUGGACGAUGUGCAACCUCCAGGUUUGUCUGUCGACGUGCAGUGGUUUGAUAAGAUUCCCACUCGGCUGCCAGAAGCGCUGUUCUUCACAUUCCAGCCGGUCAAACAGGAGACCUACAGCUGGCAGCUGCAUAAGCUGGGGCAGAUCAUAGACCCUCUCAACGUCGUGCUCAACGGCAGCCAGAGACAACAUGCUAUCGACAGCGGAGUUUUUUACCGCAGCGCCACCAACAAGGGUAUGGAAAUUGUCUCCCCUGAUGCCGCCAUAGUUACUGUGUUGACCGAUGCUGACCCCAUAUCAGCAAUACCUCUACCUCUAACACCAAUCAAGAACAUCAACGGCAUGGCAUUCCAACUCUUUAACAAUAUUUGGGAUGUCAACUUUAUAUUCUGGUACCCAUAUAUUAAGGAGGAUAUGAAAACAGGGACAAAAUUCAGAUUUGCACUCAAUUUCCUUGACGGAAACUAAUGUUUAAGAUGAUUUUUUAGUAUUUACUAUUUCAUAUUUCAAACUGUUUGAUUGCAUAAUGUCAGAUAUUUUAUGAGAAUGAUUUCACUGUAUAGAAAAGGUUAAAUUUUAAAAAAAUUAUGAAAUAUUUUCUUAUUAUAUUUUUAAGAAUGCUUAUGACUUUGAUUAUCUUGAAACUGAUGUUAUCAUGUACAGAAACGGGUUGAAGUUUACUGACGUACUUAAACACAAGAUGUGUACUUUGUCAGAACGUUCAUCUCACUAAUGUGGUAUCAUUUCUGGAAGCGUAUAAUAGCUAACAUGUAUUAUUCAAGUCUGCAGAAACAGCCAAGCCUAGACACAUUUUCUGCAGACUAUAAGAGAUCCUUUUAAUGGUACCUAGUGAUGUCAUGAAGGUGGUCCACUACCAGAACAUGGUACUCAGCUGUCCUUGUCGGACACUGGGUGGAAGUUGUGAGAGUUUUGUUUCUAUCACACCUGUCAUCUUUACAGCUGGUUGACUGGCAAAGCACGAGUACAUGAUAUGUCUGGUGAUAUGACGAGGCAGGACUGUAUGGAGAAAUGUAGUCUCAUCACAGUCCCUCAACUAUUAUGGUUUCACUUCCAUCCAGCCCGUUCAAUCUAAAAA